GCAUCCAAAGCCGAAAGCAAUACACAUCUCUUAUUCUCUAGUCUCUAAUCCCCAAGAUCAUGACAAUGCUCAAGAACAAACGCAUAACCUUCUCAUUGAUCUUGGUGUGUCUCGUGAUGGUGUCUCCAAUGGCUAAAGCUCAGCUUGGUCUCGGUGGUGGUGGUGGUGGUCUUGGUGGUCUUCUUGGCGGUCUCGGUGGUCUUCUUGGUGGUGGUGGUGGUAGUGGUGGUGGACUUGGGGGACUUGGAGGCCUUUUAGGUCUCAUCAAUAUCCAAGGCAUACUCCGUUGCUCUGUCAAUGGCAAUGUUUCCGCUCCUAUUUUCCCUAAUGCAGGCGUGCAGCUACAGUGCGGGGCACAAAACAACGUCGUUUCAGCGUCGACAACGAACGGUGCGGGGUUAUUCUCGAUACUAGUAAACCCAGUUCAGCUUUUGCUUUCUACACUCCUCUCCGAUUGUAAGCUCGCCGUCACGACCCCUCUCUCCACCUGCGACGUCUCACUUCCUACCGGCCAACUUCUCUCACCGUUGACCCUCGUCGGAAACACCGUCUCUGGUCUCAUCCGCAUCGCCACCCUCGGCCCCGUCGGCUUUCUCCUCGCUAAUUAAUUAGAACUAUACUUUAUGUUCUGCGACUGUGUCUUUAAUUAAUUUCCAUCUCUCGUUAUAUGUUGUUUGUUUCGUGACCAAUUUGUGUUUGCUUGCGCAUGCGUUAACCAUAUAUGCAUGAAUAAGGUCUAGGGUUUCUGUCUCAGUUUUCAAAGUCGCAUGCUGUUAUAAAAUGUAAGAAUUAAUUUCCCGUUUUUUUA